CGUGGAGUUAUAGUCGGUGCAGCACAAAAAGUACCAAUUCCAGCAGAUUCACCUAAUUUUAGAGGACCAUGCUAUGAUUAUCGUCUUUAUUUCGAAAAAAGACCAUUAGAUGCUAACUAG